AUGCACCGUGUCCUCCUGAUUAACGAGAUGAUACUCAGCAUAGCACGCCACGUGCCAUCCGACAAGGAUCUCUCAACUCUCGCUCGCGUCUGCCGCUCGUUCAGCGAACCUUCCCUAGACGUUCUUUGGUCAAUCCUGGAAUCGAUUGCCCCGCUGUUGCGCUGUCUUCCAUCCGAUCUAGUAGGAGCUACGGUCGAGAAAGGGUCUGCAAUCUACACACUGAAGCGUGCCUUCGUCGUCGCCGACUGGAACACCCUGUUAAAGUAUGCCCGGCGUGUUGUUACCAUUAAAGCCGUGGCUCCGAUCUGGUGGGCCGACGUGGAAGGGGAGCGCGUUCAAAUCGGACAGAAAAUCGAACCCGAAAUGCUCAACGUUCUUUCGUGGGCUCCAGUUUCACGCCCCUUUCCCAAACUUCGGGAGUUGACGUGGGCGGAUCCAUUGGUCCAGAAAGCGUUGCCAUUUCUACGCUCCCUACUUGGUCCGUCGCUGAUCCGCCUGGACGUCCGCACGGACGACAUAUCCUUGGAUGCACACCUUUUGAGCCGUGUCACAUUGGUUAAGGAGCUUUGUCCUUCGCUGCGUCACUUUAGGUGGUACAGCCCCGGCAAUGGCUGGCAUCAUCCACAAGUCCUCCGUACAUUCUCGAAUACUAUAUGCUCCUGGGAUGGCCCAAAGUCGGUCAACUGUCCUGCCCUCGACGACGCAGCGUUACAGCACCUUUCGGGAUCGCCUACCCUCCAAUCGCUUCAGACUCACCUCGGGGAUCACAAUCCGCACGGCACUCAAUUCGUGAACCCUGCUUUCCCCGCUAUUGAUUCGUUCUUCUUGGAAUGCUCGCGGGGACGCUCUCUGACUAGCAUUGCAAACUUCUUCAAGAAGAUGAGAACUUCGCCCCGCAGCCUCACUGCCUCUGGGGAACACUCCGAAGAGCGGGCAAUAGCUGAACUCACAAAGGCGCUCUCGAACCACUGCUGUACAAAGUCUCUGGCUUCCCUAAGUCUCGUGGAAAGAGACGACCCAUCGGGGCAGGGAUCGCCUCAAUUUAUUCUAACGGGCGCAAUGAUCGAACCACUGUUUUGUUUCAGAAACCUGAUAUCUGUGGACAUACACACGGAUCGCUCUGUGCUUCUUGACGACAACGAUCUCGCUGGGAUGGCCAGCGCUUGGCCGAAAAUCCAGCGUCUGUUGAUCAAUGCAUGCUCGGGUUGGCGUUGUCGCUCACGCGUCACUUUGCAUGGGCUCAUUGAGCUCCUUGGUCGCCUCGCUGAUCUAGAUAGACUUGCUAUUGCGCUUGACUUUGAGACUUCACCUCUGACCGAGGUGGAUCUCAAGGCCGCCGCGGACGCGUCUACACCCAACAACGUCCGCCUCGGAUCUGGCGAUUUUCCCCUUAGUUUGACGGACUCCCGCAUCAGCGCAUCCAACAUGGUCAUGGUCGCGGCUCUUCUGUCAGAUCAGUUCCCUAACGAGGGUUCCGUCGAUGCCUGGUCCGAGCUUGAAAUCUGGCCAGAUGACGAGAGCGUUCAGCAGACUCGACGAUGGGACCAGGUGUGGGCGAUGAUUAGGAUCAUGCGUCAGGUCAGGAGGCAGGAGAAAGCUCGGUGGACAGGAAAUCCGCAGUUGUGCGGAGUGUAAGACUAUAGCUGAAUAUUCUAGAUUGUUUGUAUGAUAUCGUACACUAGUUCAACGCGAACUGGCAGCUUAUACGUCAACUACAAUACCCAUUCCUUGAC